GGUGAUUUUCUGGGAUCAUUUUGGGCAUGGCAUGAUUUGGCGAGUUUUCUGAUCACAUUGACCGUAUUCACCACGUUCUGGUCUAUGGUCACCGUGCUCUUAUUACGGUUUCAAUGGUAUGUGGAAACGCUCGGUAUGGUUUCUUUAUUAGUCGAAGCCAGCUUAGGAGCUCCACAAUUAAUUCGGAAUUGGCAACGAAAGUCCACGCAAGGGAUGAGCAUACCCAUGGUAUUAGCGUGGCUUUGUGGAGAUCUCGCGAAAACGGGAUACUUCGUUGCUACUGGUAGUCCUGUCCAGUUUUGGGUGUGCGCUAUAUUACAGAUCUCGAUCGACGUAUUUAUUCUCGGCCAAGUGUUUGUGUAUCGAAAAAAUACAGAUUCAUCUGAAUUGCCGUACAAUUCGAGUUCACCGGUCCAUUCGGUUAUCGAUUAG